UCGAUCUCGAACAGGAUCGCGUCUAUCUAUCUACCUAUCUGGCUAUCCUGCGGUAGCUAGCAUCAAUCUCUUGCAGCCCUCCCCUUGGGCGCAGUAUAUAAGCGCCCAGCACCUGAGGCUCCCAUAUCUUGCUAUCAAGUGGCCACCACCAGAGUAUCGGACAGUGAGACAGAGCAUCGCCAUGCCGAAGCUGCAGAGGUUCAGAGGAGUGAGGCAGAGGCACUGGGGCUCCUGGGUCUCCGAGAUCCGCCACCCACUCCUGAAGACGAGGAUCUGGCUGGGCACGUACGAGACGGCGGAGGACGCGGCGCGGGCGUACGACGAGGCGGCGCGGCUGAUGAGCGGGCCCGUGGCGCGCACCAACUUCCCCCUGACCGGCAGCGGCGGCUCGGGCGGCACCCUCUCCCCUACGCUGCGCGCGAAGCUGGAGAAAUGCUGCACGGCGUCGGCACCGGCGCAGGACGGCGCGAACGUGUCAAGAACGGGGGGAGGAGAUGGCAGCGGCGUCCGCCGGGACAACGAGGAUGCGAAAGGUGACCACGGCGGCGGCGGCGAGGAGUACAUCGAGGAGAUGAUCAGGGAGCUCACGUACUACGGCUCCGUGGAGAUACAUCAUCCCACCUCCACCUCCGUCGCCGCGCCCUGUUCGAGCUCGGUGAUUAGGUGAACAAAGCUAGCUAGAUUAGCCGCUAGCUGAUGCAGCCAUCGAUUCGACUGCGUUGUUUUGUUAGGCGCAUUAGCCAUCAGGGGUCCGGAGGAAUGGAACGCGAGUUGCAUUUGCAUCCGGCUGGGACCCUUCCUAGGCUGGGCUGGGAUUGAGCCGUGUACAGAGCGGGAAGGGGACCAAUUAUCUUUUAGGAUAAGGGGCCUUGAUUUGGUUCAUGAUGUGAAACUUGUUCUGGCAUUGUCGUUUAGCUUCUUUGGUAGAUGAGCU